UCGUUCCAUUCCAACACAACAUUUCAUCAUCAUUCAGUCCUUGCUAACGACACAAUAUGACGAGAGACGUUUGGGACGUCCUCUUCCUCAGCUUCCUCUCUUUCUUGAGUGCGAUGCCCUUAUUCAUCAAUACAUCAUCCCCUUAUUCGACCCAACGCCCGAGCCAUGCCAGUGAGUGCGAUUCCCUGCUCCAGUUCAGUCAAUCAUUUACCAUCUCCUCUGCAUAUUAUUUAUGCGACGACACUUCAUAUCCGAAGACAGCCUCAUGGAAGAAUGGCACCAAUUGCUGCUCCUGGGAUGGGGUCACGUGCCACACGUCAACAGAUUACGUGAUCGGCCUCGACCUCAGUUGCAGUUGGCUUCAGGGAACCCUCCAUUCCAACAACACUCUCUUCUCGCUCCGGAAUCUUCAACGGCUGAAUCUCGCUGGUAACAAUUUCUCUGGCUCACAAAUUUCAUCGAGGUUUGGUAUAAUUACAGGAUUGGCACAUCUCAAUCUCUCUCGUUCUUCCUUCUCGGGGACCAUUCCUCUGGAGAUGAUAUCUCAUCACCUUUCCAAUCUAAUUUCACUCGAUCUCGCCGGUAACUACGACUUAACAAUAGAAGAUCAUAGUUUCAGGAGGUUUGUUAGUAAUAUCACUCAACUAAGAGAACUUGCUCUAGAUAGUGUAGACAUGUCUAGUGUUUCUCUUACCUCCUUCACCAAUCUCUCUUCCACUCUGACUUCUUUGAGUCUUGGUGGCUGCCUUCUACAAGGGACAUUCCCAAUUAACAUCUUUCAUCUCCCAAACCUCCGCAUUCUCGUUCUUUCUCAAAAUUAUAAUCUCACGGGCACUCUCCCCCAGACAAAUUGGAGUAGUAGCCCACUCGUCCGCUUGAGUCUAGCACUUACAAAGUUCCACGGACCUAUUCCUGAUUCAGUGUGGAAUCUCACAUCCUUGGAAUAUUUGGAGCUCUUAGACAACGAAUUUACUGGGUUGAUACCACCAACACUUGGAAACCUUGGCCGCCUCUCUUUCCUGAACGUCGGUGGUAUCAACUUCAGUGGUACCGUUGACUUUGAUAUGUUUGCAAGGCUAAAGAAUCUUGAGUCCCUUUAUCUUUCGGGGAGCCUUAAAGUAAUGCUUCCAAACAAUAGGAACUAUUCCUUCCCGAGGCUCAAAGAGUUGGAGCUGGAUCUUGCGGUGAACCUUAAUGUAAUGCUUCCAAACAAUGGGAACUGUUCCUUCCCGAGGCUUAAACAGUUGUCACUGUAUGGCAUCAACUUGACCGAGUUCCCAUGUUUUUUGAGAUCUUCACCUGAGUUGGAACGAGUGGACAUUUCUGGAAACAAGAUCAGUGGUCCAAUUCCUGAAUGGUUUGGGAGAGUGGGGAGCAACACGCUGACAGACUUGCAUCUCUCUUCUAAUAAUUUCACGGGAGAGAUCCCAUCCUCAAUCUGCCAACUGAGUUCACUAAGCGAUCUAAUCCUCUCAGAUAAUCGACUCAACAGCACCAUCCCGAGAUGCUUGGGAAAUUUAAGCAAUCUCUUCGAGAUGGAUUUGGUUGGCAAUCAAUUACAAGGUCCACUGCCGCGAUCUUUAGCAAACUGUACGAGCUUGGAGCAUUUAAGCGUCGCUAACAAUGAAAUUUAUGACGCUUUCCCACACUGGUUGUUGAAUGCUAACCAGGCAUUGAACUCUCUAUAUUUGGAUUCAAACAUGUUUCAUGGGGUCAUUAAUGAAAUUCCCCUCCCUCCGCAGCUUGAAGGCUUAUCCCUCUCCAACAACCAAUUUUCUGGACAUUUGCCGAUAGACUUCUUCCGAAAUUCAACUGGUUGGCGGGUUGACUUAGCCAAUAACAAUUUUGAUGGCCCACUUCCGAUUCCGCCGCCCAAUGUUUGGUUCUAUUCCGUUGCAAACAAUAAGUUUAGUGGAGACAUUCCUCAUCAGUUCUGCAACGCCACUGAGCUAGUAACGUUGAACUUCUCCUGUAAUAGCUUAACCGGUUCCAUUCCUCACUGUUUCAUAAAUUUAAGUGCAACAGUGUUGGACCUCCGAGCAAAUAAGCUUAUUGGUCAUAUACCAGAUAUAUUUUUCUCAUGGAACUACGUGAGGGCAAUUUGGUUGAGUCAAAAUCGACUUGAAGGCACUCUGCCGCGAUCUUUGGCAAAUUGCAAGAAUUUGAUAAUUUUGGAUCUCAGUGAAAAUGAGUUGGAGGAUCACUUCCCUUAUUGGUUGGACACUCUUCCGUUUUUGCAAGUGCUCAACCUGAGAUCCAACAAGCUUCGUGGUCUGAUUAAUAGCUCCAGGAAGAAUAAUCAUCCCUUCCCGGAGUUGCAUAUUUUUGACCUCUCUGACAACAGCUUUUAUGGUCAUCUUCCGGCGAAGUACAUCGCCAACUUCAUAGCCAUGAAGGAUGAACAAAGAAGCGCUUUAGAAUACAUGGGGCUAGAUCCAUUUAAUCGAGAGCCAACCUAUCAAUAUUCUGUUACGGUGGUCAUGAAAGGGUUUGAGAUUGAGUUGGUGAGAAUCCUGACCGGGUUUAUGACCAUCGACUUCUCAAGGAACUUCUUCGAAGGGGAGGUCCCAGAGUUAAUCGGGGAUCUAAAAGCACUCAAGGGACUCAACAUUUCUCACAACAAUCUGACCGGCAACAUCCCUUCUUCUGUGGGGAACCUGACGAAUCUUGAGUGGUUGGACCUCUCCUCGAACAAGUUCAACGGGGAGAUCCCUAGAGGAUUGGCGGAUCUUUCGUGGCUCGGCUGGUUGAAUCUCUCAGACAACCAGCUCGUGGGACCAAUUCCUCGAAGCACGCAAUUCGACACGUUCAGCCACUCCUUUGACGGGAAUCCUGGACUGUGUGGGCAUCCCCUGCCAAAAGCAUGUGGGACCGACGACCAGCCACCGCCUUCGACUUCCCCAGGAGAACGAGAAGAGGAAGCUGGAUCCAGACAUUGGAUUGAAUGGAGGGCAGUGCCAAUGGGCUACGGAUGUGGGCUUGCACUCGGGAUCUCAGCAUGGUUCAUUAUGUGGGAAACCCUGAGACCAAGAUGGUUGGUGAGAAUGAUUGAGGGGUUAAUAUACAGAACGACAAAGAGGAAAAUGAGAAACGUUGCUCCGAGAAAUCGCUCGAGGAAGAACACCAGAGGCCAAUGAGAAGGGAGGACAAGGCGAAUUAUGGUCCGAGGAGGCUUCCAUAUCAACAGAGUGAAAUCGCAAAAUUUAUUUUCCUGUAGCAUUUUCUCUCUCUUUGGUUUGAAGUAGAAUGGCAACAAUAAUGUGUGUUCUUAGCCGCUGUCUUAGUCAUGAUAUGUAAUAUCCCUUUUGUUGUCUUAGUCGGGAUAUGUAAUAUCCCUUUUGUUAGCCGCUGUCUUAGUCAUGAUAUGUAAUAUCCCUUUUGUUGUCUUAGUCCGGAUAUGUAAUAUCCCUUUUGUCAACGAUA